AUGGCCGCCCUGACCCCGGAGCCCUCGAUGAAGCGCCCUUACCGUCGUAGAAACCCAGUCGAGCGGCGUUCCGUGGAGACCGCGCGUAGACGCUGCCAGUGCUCGAUCGUCUCGACCCCUGCCUGCGCCGUGUCGGAUGGCUUUCCAUUUCCUACUGCUGAAGUUGAUCCCUCUAAGGUUGAGUGCUCAGAGACUGGCCCUUUUGAGAUUCACCACUCCGAACACGGCGGCCUCCACGACUCCGUUACACUUAGUGACCCUACCUCCAGCCCGAUCGGUAGACUGUCUGGCUUCGAGCUGGAUUAUAACAACAACUACGCCGACAACGAAGGGACUGUAAUGAGAGAAACUGAUAGUACUUCACAAUCAGCCGCUGAAGCCCCCGCCUUGGUCCGAAAUGACCCCUUCUGCCAUGUCACCAUCACCAUUCACCCGCUUUUGGAGCAGUAG